UGUCACUGUCAGAAAAAGAAAACAUCCCAAAUCCCAUCCUAUAGCCCAUAGUCCCAUGGUCCCCAUGGAUCCCAUUUCCAAGAGAAAUCAAAUCAAAUCAAAGCUUUACAGACAGUUUGAGUUUGUAUAAUAGGUAGGUAUGGACGACAUGUCAAGAAGUGCAUCAAGCUUCGAGGCCCUCGACCCUCAUGAUCCCAACCUGAGUCGACUGGCCACAUCCCUGUUCCAGAAAACUUCAGAAUAUUUAACUGGAGAACUAACUGCUACACAGGAUCACUAUGUGCUGUUGGAAGACAUCAACCAGCUGGCCAUCACCAAGUAUGCGGACCUGAGGCAGAUUGCAGCCAACCUCGGCAAGACCGUCAAUGAAUACAAUGAAAUGUUCAGCGCCAACAUCGCGCCGCUGCUGCAGCAGAUCGACCUGAUGGAGGCCCGCGUGACCCAGUUCGAGGGCGCCGCCUACCGCCUCGACGCCUACACCAGGCAGCUGCGAGCCCGCUUCAAGGAACUCGACGACAAGCGGACCUAGCUUUGUACGUCCUAUCCUAAAACUAUCCGGCACCAACAAAAGAAAAGUCAGUAGGUAGUCCUGAUAAGAGACAAGAUGUCACCACAAUUGCUCUGGAAGAAUAGUCAAGAAUGGUAGACCGUGGACCGACCUGCUACCGUACCGCCACAGAAACACACAAAUACACAAAUUAGCAACAAACAAUCCAUAAGCAGCGCUCGCCCUUAAAACAUCUGGACGACAACCUUUGCUCACUUCAACGCCGGAAGACACUACAGAAAUGGAAAACGAAGAAUCAUGAGUUCUCGCGUAAUCGGUACGAUGCAACAAGGAUAAUACGCGUAACACACUUUAGUUUUCAAUCAAUUGUAAUUUGGCCAAUAAAUAAUUAAUACCAACAUAAAAUA